GACUUCCAUGGGCUCGGGCAGUCUUCGCCCAAUGGGUCCGAUUACUGCCACGAGCAUGUGCCACACCUGCUCUCCGCCAUCAUUGGCACGGACCGAAGCGACGAGAGAUCGCGGCAAUUCCGCAACAUCUUCAGCUUCUACAACGAGAAGACCAUGAA